AUGUUCAGCGGACUCAACCUGAAGUCCCUCUCGGACAAGCUGAACGAGUCUCUGCACGACCUCGAGAACACCCUUGCCCAAGGCCUCCCUUCGACUUCUACCGCAGCCAAUCCGACGUCUCCUCCGCGCCAGCAACCGGCUCGCACUGCAUCUUCCCCCGCAGCAUCACCAUCUUCUUCUCGCACUCGCCCCUCUCUCGACAGCAUCGCGACCCGAGCGCAGUCAGUCGCAGGCGGACUCGGAAACCUCUCUUCGCCUCUCAGCCCGACAGCAAUCGCGAAUGCGCAACAGAGCGCCAGUCAGCUAGCCGAGGGGGCGCUGAGCAGCUUGCGGGCGAGUUUGCGGAAGGGCAGGCAGAGCCUGGACACGGUUGCACGGGCGAGUCUCGAUGGCGGGAGGUCUAGCUCGGACAGUGCAAGACCGGCGGCGUCUCUCGCAAACCCGACCAAGAGGGAAGGGAGUAUCAAGGAGGAGGAGCUGAUCAGCAUCAAGAAGGAGGAAGAUGCGCCCGAGGAGAAGAAGCCGGUCGUCGAAGAGCAGCUGGUCGACGUCGGUGAAGUCGCUCCUUCGCCUGCGCCUCCAGCGACCUCUGAUGCGCCCCUCGUCGACUUUUCGGAACCACCGGCAUCCACGACCCUAGGCGCGACCCCCGCAACAUCCUCUUCUCUCGCACCUCCCGACCGACCCGCACCUCUCGACCGAAAACCUUCAUCCCUACUCGAUCCGCCGACUCCCGAAGAAGGCGAGGACGAUGACGCAUGGGGUGUCGGUAGCGUCGGCAUCCGAACGCCUGCGAUACCUCAGGGCGAGACGCCAGCUGAGGAGGAAGACGUGAAGGAGCAAGAGGCGGGGGCAGGGACGAAGGCUGAGGAUGCAGAGAAGGGGGCUGCUACGGAGCCUGAACCGUUGGCAGCGGUGCCGGAACCAGAAGCUGCGAACGCAGCGCUGUCGACUAAGCCGGAGAUCGUCCCGCUCCAGGAUGCGACGUCGGCACCUCAGACGACAGAAACCGCUUCGACCGAACCAGCUCCGAACUCUGCUGGCGAUAAGGCACCUACGUCAGCCGAGCCCGAGGUGAAUGCGGUUGUCGAGCAGAAGGAGGGGGAGCAGCUGGCGCCGGUCACGGCGGCUGUCGAGGGGAACGCUCAUGCGGCGGAGGACUCGGAAUCGACCACUGCGCCCGCCGCGUCCGACGAAGUCUCGGCUCUUCCGACAGCGGAGAAGCUGGAGGCGCCCGCACUCGCCGCACCCGAACCUGUACCUGCCAUCUCCCCACCUAACGAUGCCGACGAACAACCCGAAUCGAUUGAAGCCGCGCCUUCGGAAACGGCAGUCGUCGAACCUAUCAUUCUCAACGAACCUGUGACUGCCUCGCUCACCGAGACCCAGCCCACGACUGCGCCCUCAUCGACCGAGCCAACGCACUCACAGCCGCCGACCUCCGUCCCCGAAACUUCGACAGCUACGUCUCAGCACGGCGAGACGGCGGGGGCGGACGAGAAGACUGAGGCGGAGGAGAAACCAGCCGGCGUGUCGGCAAUGGCGGAUGUUGAGGAGCAGUCGGGCGGUACGGAGGUCGAGCAGCAGAAGAUCGGAUCGGCUGAAACUGCAGAGGCGAGGGAGGAAGUUGCGAAGGUGAAGGAGGCGGAUGUCGUGGCACCGCCUGCUGAUGCUGAGGAACCAGAGAAGUCGGUCGAAGCGGUUAAGCCGGAGCCUCCCGUUGUAGAGGCUGAAGAGGCGCCGCGGGAGGAGGCGGCCGAGGAACCUGGUGCAACUAAGGAGGACGCGGCAGUUCCUGUAGCCGUCGAUGAAGUGUCGCCUCCCGCCGUGCCUUCCAAACCUUCGCCAAAUGACCAUCUCGCCGGACUCAAGGCUUCGCUCGAUAAGCUGGUCGCUAGCCUGACACCUCUCGGCAGCGUCGACGACGUACAAGCGUUCGAGGACGAGCUGCGGAACAUGAAGAGCAAAGCUGAGAUGGCGGUAAAGGAGGUCGCGCGCUUGACGGGGCAGCUCGAUCGCCAGAAGGAGUCGUUCGAAGAGCUUCGCGAGACCCAUCGCCUCGAGCACAAGUCGCAGCAGGACGAGAUCGGCUCAUUGCGGGAACAGCUCUCGACGAAGGACGCCAAGCUCAUUGCCGCCGAGUCAGCCGCCUCGCAAACUCGCGCCGAGAUCGCCAAGGCGUCGGAGGAAUACGACAAGCUCAAGAUUGUCGCGAAGGAGGAAGAGGAGAAGCGCGUCAAAGCGUUGUCGCUGCUUCGUGCGCUGCGACAGAAGCUGGUCAAGAACGAGAAGGAGAAGGAGGACUCGGACAAGGAGCUUGAGCGGCUGCGUGCGUCUGAACAGCAGGCGCAGGAGACGCUCAAGGCCGACCGGUCCCGCUUCGACUCGGAGAUCGUCGCCCUCCGAAGCGCACAAGAGCAGCAGAUCAACAAGCUCAAGCAGUCGUUCGAGCGCGAGACGGCCAAGCUCAAGGAGCAGUUUGACCGCGACUCAACCAACAAGCGCGGACAGUUCGAGCUCGAUGCAAUCACGGCCAAGGCGCAGCAGGCGAAGGAGCUGGCGGCGAAGGACGCGCGCAUCAAGCAGCUCGAGACGACUGUUCGCGAGCUCACGACCGCGCGCGACUCGGUGUUCGACCAGCUCCAGCUUCGACAGGCCGAGAUCGAGUCGAGCGAGACGAACCAGGAGGCGCUCAAGACUCGUGCUGCCGAGCUCGAGUAUGAGUUGAGCGAGACCAAGGACCGCAUCGCCGCGAUGCAGGACGAGCUCGACAGCGUACGGCGACACCGCCAGGAUUCGGCGCGCGACGAGGGAACAACCAGGCGGCUUCUCGAGGAGGCUGAGGCUCGUCAUGCCAUCAAGGUCCGCGACCUCGAAGCUCGCGCUGCGCAACUCGAGAAAGACCGCCGCGAGACGGAGGACGAGAUGGGCCGGAACUUGCAGGAACGGCUCAAGGAAGUCGAACGACUCCGAGCUGCGCUGGCGCAGAAGGACGUCGAUUUCGCCGAAUCGGUUCAGAACCGGCAGAAGCGGGAGAAGGAGAUUGAGGAGGCGCAGAAGGCGAGGGCAGACCUCGAGGCGAGGCUGAAGAAGGUCGAGGCCGCGCUCGACCGGGUGCGGGAAGAGUCGCUCAUCCUGCAGCAGGGCGAGGCCGCCGCGAAGGAGGAGCUCAACGACCGGCUGCAGCGCAUGUCGGAGCUCGAGGCGCGUCUCGAGGAGGUGCAGACCCGCGAGUCGAACCUGCGGUCGACUAACAAGACUCUGCGCGAAGAACUCCGCAAACUUCAGUCGGGCGUCUUGCUCUCCGAAAAGCAGCGUCACCCCGGCGUCGGCUACUUCUCCUCCUUUUCGCAACAGAGUGCGCCGUCCGUCGCACCUCUUCCCGCUGCCGGCGCAUCGACGACCUCGCUCGCCUCGACGAUCGGUGGUCCGGCAUCACCGCCGCUGUCCGCGACGAGCCCGCCUGCAUCGAUCUCGGGCGGUCUCGCUGGUGGCGCCAAGGCAAACGGGGACGAGGCGCUCAACUUUGAAUACAUCCGCAACAUCCUCCUCCAGUUCCUCGAGAAGCCGGAGAUGCGGCCACACCUCAUCCAAGUCCUUGGCGUCGUCCUGCACUUUACGCCCGCAGAGCUUCGCCGCCUCGCCGCCAAGUCUAGCGUACCGCACUAG